GCAGAAGAAGAAAGACACGAAGAAGAAGCGCAGUUGGCGCUGAUUGCGGACGAAGAGGGAAAUUCAAAACAGCAAGAAGCGUUUCUGUAAAACUAAAAAGCUGAAAAUUGAGAGCUUGACAGCGGGUUCAAAGUGAACAGCAGACAGGACAGCGUAAGUGAUUAAAUGUUGAAUCGAGCAAAUAACAUUUAAUAAUGCAGAGGGCUUCCCGUUUGAAGCGUGAGCUUCAGAUGCUGAGCACCGAGCCACCUCCCGGAAUAACAUGCUGGCAGACAGAAGAACGGAUUGACGAGCUCCGUGCACAGAUAGUGGGUGGAACAGGAACUCCAUAUGAAGGUGGACUCUUCUCCCUAGAAGUCAACAUCCCAGAGAGAUACCCAUUUGAGCCUCCAAAAAUACGAUUCUUGACCCCAAUCUACCACCCAAACAUUGACAACUCAGGACGUAUCUGCCAUGAUGCUCUCAAACUCCCACCAAAGGGAGCCUGGAAGCCAUCUCUAAACAUUUCCACAGUCCUCACCUCCAUUCAGCUCCUCAUGUCUGAACCUAAUCCAGAUGACCCACUUAUGGCUGACAUAUCAUCAGAGUUCAAAUACAACAAGCACCUGUUCAUGGAAAAAGCCCGGAAGUGGACACGGGAACAUGCAGUUCAGAGAAAUGCUGGACUUGUGGAGAACAACAAAGAAAAUAUUCUGGAUCAAAAUAAAUUAUCCCGAAAAAGAGAGGUGCUCAAUGGACGCCAAGAGACAGAAGAACCAGCAAAGAGACCCUGUGUUUAGUUUCCACCCUUCUUGUUCAUUAUCCCAUCUUGCCAACCACAAUAGUUUGUACAUCUCCCAAGUUUUAGUGAAGAAUUUAAAUUUCACUUAGCUCCAACACUGUCCUCCAGUUAUGUGUGUGUAUAUAUAUAUAUAUAUAUAUAUAUAUAUACACACACACAUAUGGAUUGAUGGCUUAAGCAUCUGCAUAUUGAUAAGUAUUCUGUGUAUGUGUUGUGAUAUUAAAGUUUAUUAAUGUAUUUCA